UGAUUCUUGUAACCAAGGAAUAAUGUUCUAAAUUGACUAAAUAAAAUUUUCUAAAAAAUAAAAAAGGAAAAGAAAAAGAAACCUAGAACCACAUUUUUUAGGUGAGGACAUGAGAUCCAGAGAAAUUAUGAACUACCCAAGAUUUUGUAGUGGAAGGUAGAGUCGGAUUAAUCCUGAAAAAUGGAUUAUUGUUACAUACUUUUACCAAAGUUUGCCAUGAUUUUUUUAAAUGACAUUUUCAUUUCUUUCAAGUUUUUGUAUCCCCUUCUGUGUCUUUUCUUAUCCAAAAUUGGCCUGAGUACCAGAGAACAGUUCUGAUUAGAUUUGGUCACUUAUGGAAGAGGCAGGCAGAGAUGGGAGAUAUGUAAUGGAGGGAUUGAUUGAAUGGUAUUAAAGAGAGAUAGUUAAGUUAAGAUGGCCCAGUUAAGGGCCAGGGAUAUGAGGAGUAGAUGUUUUUUGUCCAGGAGGUAGAAGGAGGGGUAGAUGGGUUUGUUCCUUCAAUCAGAAAUAUCUCCUCACUAAACCUGCCCUUUCCCUUUCUUCUAAUAACUGUAAUUUGAAAUAUUCUUCAUCCCUCUUGGAAGAGAGAGAAAUCAGUUUUUCUCAUUUCAGCUGAGCUACUGUUCUUCACUCACACUGGAGUCUGGAUGGUAGAUAAUAGUCUUUAUUCUAAUAAUUAAGUGGGUCAGGGUUAAACAGGAAAACUGGCUAUAGCAUUUUGGGGUUCUAGAGGAAAGACAUGAAAGGAGGUCCCUGCCUAACAAUUUCUUUUCCUUCCCUCCAAUUUGAGAGAUUUGGGCUUCACAGCCUGGCCUCCCAGUGAUUCAGUUUGGGAGAACCCUGGUCUUAUCACGGCUGAGCAAUGUCUAGACCCAGGGUGUCACAGGGGUGUGAUAGAUAUUGAAAAUUGCUUCUUCCAAGUUCUUGCCACCUCUCUUUGGGGAUCUUUGAGGGGAAGAUGAUUGGGUUCAAAUAGGUAUCAAGUUCAGUGCUCAGGAACUGGUCUCCAACCAGACCUUCUCCUUUGCCUUCUCAAGACCUAGACACCCCACUGUUUCCUUCCUUGAAUCUCCUCUUCUUCAGGAUUCCAAACCCUUUCCUCUAUCCCCCACUGUGAAUGGAAACCAUUGCAGUUCUUUCACUCUCUGUUAAAUCAAGUCUCUGGAUCCUUCCUCUACCACAGAGACUGGUUGGAGAUAUGGGUGUCAGUCAUUCUGUCACUCUCUUUACUCAGUUCCUUAGAUGAAUCAAUUCCUGGAGAAGCUCUGUGCCAUUUCAGUUGUGAUAAUUGAUAACAAAAGCACUAUUUGAGCUACCUUCUCUAGUGGGAACCAUAUUCAUAGAAGCCAAUGAAAUAGUAACUGUGAAAAAAGUCUAUAAAUCAGAAAGCUGUAUACAGAAAAAAACAUGAUUAGGAUUUUGAGUUUUAUAUAUCUCUUUAUUUGAUCCUCAUGAUAUUUUGAAUCUUGUUGGCUUUCAUCUGUAGUCUUUUUGCCUCAUCUCAUCUCAUAGCCUCAUAGAAGCAAAAAAGCUAUGGGAAUGGUAAGGUUCCUGAGGGAAAGUCAUGGUAGAGAAGUCAGGGAAGUCCUAAAGUAGUUCCUCUAAGGUAUGAAAAAAGAUACCUCAAUUGAGUUUCUUGCCUAAAAGGAUAUUUUGAAGUUCAGGGUUCCAUUCUCCAAUCAGAGAGGCUAGGUUAGUGAUAAGUUAUAGUACCCGUUGAUAGCACUUUAAAAGAUGAUGAGGUUUUUGCAAUAAUGAACUUCCUUUGCUAUGGUAGAGAAGUCAGAGAAAUUCCCACAUAGUUCAUCCUGGUGACAAAUGAAGAGAACAAAGUGGAGAGUAUACUUCUGAUGAAAUAAUUUUUGAAAAAUAGAUAUAAUUGAACUAGAGAUUUUUGAAUGAGAAUAAAAUUUGAGUAUAUUUAUUUCUCAGCUUUUGAUUGGUUUUAAAAAAGAUUAUAUCCUAGAGUAUUAAAACAUAUCUUCAUGAAGAAAUGAAGGAAAACUAUUUAGUCAUGACUGGAAACAAAAUGAAUUUCAAUUACAUUUAAUGAAGUGUCAUUGAAGAAAGAAUAAAAGCUAUUUGGAGACAGAGUAACUUAAUCCUAAAGAAUGUAUAUGCCUGAAUAUCAAUCAAUGAAACAAAUUUCAUUCAUGAGAAUGAAAAAUGAGAAAAAAUUUAAAAUUUUAUGAGAUGCAAUCAAAAGAGUCCUGAAAUAGAAUAGAUAAUCUGUGUGAAACUAUUGCUGGUUAUGGUAACUGAUGUAGGUUAGAUAGCUGCUGCUGGUAUGGGGACACACCUGAGGGCUGCUUAGUUACAAUGGUGGUAGAGGUACUAGAGAGAUAGAGAGAUAGAGAGAGAUGCUAUUAGAGGGGAAUCUGAUGUUGCUUAUUUAUAAUGGAGAUAGAUGAGAGAUACUCCUAGAGAGAUGCUGCCACAGAUAGAGGGAUGCGGCUGCAAGGGAAUGCUUUGGGGUCUUGCCUAUUGAUCCCUAUUUGAAGGCUAAUGGAUCAAUCUAUUUCCUACCCUCUUUCUCUUUCACUUCCUCUCUUAACCACCCACUUCUUGAAGCCUUUGGCUUCCUCCCUCCCCCUGCGUGGGCUAUGAAGAUACUCUUGUUUUCUUUCUCAGGUAAGGGGUUUAUUGGGAAACAACAGGAUGGGAAACUGAGGAAAGGGGGAUGAGGGUUUCCCUAAUCUAUAAUCAGAAUUUGAGGGUUUGGGAAAUCAGUCCAGUAACAACUGUGACAGAGGGACAGUCAAAGAGAUGGAUGGAGGACAACUGUUUAAUAUCUUCUUUCUUCACAAAGCCACCAUGGUCUCUCAGCUUAAUUUCAGAAGCUCCCCCUCAAGGGUCCUUCAGCCUGGGACAGAAGCUAACAAUAUCAGUUCAGGGCUUCUCUACUUCAGCCAGCCACCAAGAAAAUUUCUCCUUCAGCCUGGCUUUCCUCCAACUCUUGGUCAGUCAAAUUCCAGAGAGAGACAGACAGUUUCAACUCCCAGAGAGAGACAGAAUCAGUUCCUUCUUUGGUUGGAGCCCAAAGCCAAUUCAGCCCCCCAAGGGUCCUUCAGCCAGCUUCAACUGCCUCUCCUGGGAACAUUCCAUUUGGAACCUUCUUGAUUUUGCCGACAGUUCCCCAGUCUUGGUUCAUGUAUCUUGGCUUGUUCUGCAAAACCUCUCUCUCUGCAUGUCUCUAUCACAGUCCUCAGGGGAAAGAUUACAUCUCUAAAAACAUUUUCAUUAAAAGAGAAAAUAUAUAGGGGGCAGCUGGGUAGCUCAGUGGAUUGAGAACCAGGCCUAGAGACGGGAGGUCCUAGGUUCAAAUCCGGCCUCAGCCACUUCCUAGCUGUGUGACCCUGGGCAAGUCACUUGACCCCCAUUGCCUACCCUUACCACUCUUCUGCCUUGGAGCCAAUACACAGUAUUGACUCCAAGACGGAAGGUAAGGGUUUAAAAAAAAAAGAGAGAAAAAUAGAUCCACCAAUUUGACUUGUGACUAAAAAAAGCCCAAAAAACUGGAAACCCAACAAAGUUGAAACUAUCAACUGAUCACUGACAUAGACAUUAUGAAAAAAAAAUGAUCAAAAAUUAAAUCAAAAGAACACUGAAUUAUAUAAAAUUGGAGCUUUAAAAUAAAAAAUCUAAAUACUUAAGUAAUUUGCUUUUGUUAAAAGAAGAAAUAAAAUCAUUUAUUUUGAAAAAGGGAAAAAAGAAUUCAGAAGUGAUAAAAAUUAUUAGAAACUAUCCUACCUAAAACGUAUUACAAUAUUACUGACAAAUUUAGUUAAAUGGAAAAAUAUUUGCAAAAAUUAAAAAUACUCAGGUUAACAGGCAAAGAGGAAAUGGUAGUAAUAUUUUACAGAAGAAAUAAUGGUUUACAUGCAAAGUCUUAGAGAACCAACUAAAAGUUAAUUGAAAUAGCAAUGUCAGCAAUGUUGUAGAAUGUAGAUAGAACAAAAGUGACUUUUAUUUAACAUUAUCCCAGAAUAUAUGAAAUAUUUCAUUGUCUACCUACCAAGACACAGAGACUCUAGAACUACAUAAUUAAAACUACAAAAUAAUCUUAAUGGAAAUAAAGACAAAAGAAAGUAAUUGGACAAAUAUUACUUGCUUUGUUUGGGCAUAACUAAUAUGAGAAAAAUUAAAUUAAUACAAGUAUUCUCAUAAUAUGAAUCAAACUACUAAAGAAUUACUUUUAGAACUAAAGAAAUAAUAAUCAUAUUCAGCUGGAUGAACAAAAUUUUAAGAAUCUCAAGGGAGCUAAUGAAAAAUGUUGGAAGAAUGUGAGCCUAGAUGUAUUAAAAAUGUGGGGGGAAAAUGCUCAUGCCAUUUGAUAAAAAAGAAAUGUUCCAAAUAACCAAUAAACAGAGCAUUGGAAAGAAAGUAAGUUCCCAGGUUUUAAGCUCACAUCCAUUAGAUUGGAAAAGAUUUUUUUUUAAAAAAACAGUAAAAUAACAAAUGUUGGAAGGCCUAUGGAAAAACAAUUGUAUUCAUGCACUGUUGACAGAGCUGUGAAUUGUUCAGGUCAUUCUGGAAAGCAUUUUUGAGUUACACUCCAAAAGUCACUAAAUUGUGAACAACUAUUAAUGUCUCUGCUAUUUCUAUAUACCCUAGGAAAUAAAAGAAGUAAAAAAGGAGAGUGCCUAAAUGUAUUCACUGUAGGCCUUUUUAAAGUGAGUGAACGAACAUAUUAUGACAUAAUGAAUGUAUUCAAAAUGAUACUUAUGAUGGUUUCAGAAAAAUCCGAGAAGAGGAAUGUAAAUAUUCAAGUAGACUUUGUAUAACAACAGCUAUUGUAAAAUCAAAUACCUUUGAAAGACUUAAAACUAAUUUACAAUCUCUCUCAUCAGGCAGUGUCCAACCAUUCAUUGAGAUAAAUUUAUAUUGAUAAAAAUAAAGAUAAUUUAUGUUACCCACAUCUUGACAGAGAUUUGAUUGAUUCAAGAUAUAAAAUGAGACAGAUUUUUGCCUGUGAAAAAUGUGGUAAUUUUUUUUGAAUAUGCAUACUUAUUAAAAAAUACAGUUUUCUGCUUCCUUUUAAUGGACUGGAAGAGAUAGAAAAUCGAUUCUUGUUAAUUGAAAAAUGAAUCAAAAAAAUUUUUUACAGAUACUCUGUAAUGUCUUUAUUGAGACCAGAGAAGUAGUGGAUCUAGGUAAUUGUGAAAGAGACUACUUUUUGUAAUGAUGAAUGGUGAACUUUUAGUGAAUUUAUUAGUAUCUUUUUUUCAUAAUUAGAAUUUAUCUAGUAUGCCUUUCUCCUCCAUCCCUUAUAAUAAGUAAAGUUUAUAAAGAAAAAAAAUCUUCAUGAUCCAUCAAGACAUUGAAAAAUGUCUGAAAACAUACAUUUUACAAAACUUGUAGGCUUUUUACAUCUGACAAAGUGAGAUGGGAGCAUGCGCUGAUACAUCUUUCUUUAGAGUCAUCAGAUCAGUAUUGCAUGUAAUUUCACAAAAUUCAUGACUAAUUAUUUGAUAUUUGUAGUUUUUCCUUUUAUAGUUUUCUCAGUAUGUAUAUAUAUAUAUUUUUCUUGUUUCUGCUUUUUGCACUCUGAAUCAGGCCAUGUAAAUUUUUCCAUACUUUUCUGCGUUCAUCUUAUUUUACAGGAUAACAUUGCAUUCAUGUUUCACAAUUUAUCUAUUCACCAGCUGAUGGACAUCCACUUUGUUUUGAAUUAUUUUUUAUCACAACAGGUUCCGCUAUAAAUAUUUUAGUGUGUUUUGUCCUUUCUUCUGCUCAUUAUCCUCUUUUAACAUAAAUUUAAUAGUAUAAUCAACACCCUAAUGGGGAAGAUAAUCUGAAAUGGGAAGUUACUAGUAGCUGGGGAAACUGAACAAGGAUAGGAAAUGAAAGAGCUUCCACUUGAAUGUAGAUGGUAAAACUAAGAGGCUGCCAUUCCCUAGUUUUUGAUAGCAUAUAUGCACACACAUAGGUGAUACAGUGGUGUGUGUGUGUGUGUGUGUGUGUGUGUGUGUGUGUGUGUGUGUGUGUGUGUGUGUGUGUGUGUGUGUGUAGCCUACUAUGGCUAGACCCUGGAUUUCUUGGUGGGGAGUCAAAGUGUAAUAAGGAUGAAAUAUAGGAAGGAACCAUAUCAUUGAGAGUUUAAAUGCCAAACAGGAGACAUGAUCUUGAAUGCAAUAGAAAGCCACUGGAGUUUGGCAUUUUAAGGAGUGUAGUUUGCAGUAAAGGAAUCCUUUUAGGGACUAAUGAUAGCCUAGGUGAGAGUUAUCAAGCAUCUGAAAGAGUAUGUUAGCUAUCCAAGUAGAGAGUUGGAGGAUUUUAUGAGAGAUGCUAUGAACAUAGAAACAAGAUUUCUCAACCUAUUGCAGAUGAAGGGUAUUAUGGGGAAAGAUUUGAGAAGAAUCCUAAGAUCCUGACUGAGAGGAUUCUAGUGUUCUAAGCAAUAAUAGAGAUCAUCAAAGUGUGGGAAGAUGGAAAACAGAGGUGCAAGAUACUGAAUUUUGUUCUGGGCAUGUUGUAUUUUAAAUGCCAUGGAGAUAUCGAAUCCAAGAUAUUAAAAUCAGUACUUGGUGAUGUGGUUGCUGAAAUAUAAGAAAGUAAAAAUGACUGAAUCUCAGAAUCAUUUAUUUAAAAGGUUAUAAUUAAACCCUUGAGGGAUGAUGGGAUUAUUAAAUUCAAAAGUAAAGAGGGAAAAGAGGUCUUGGGUUAGAGCUUUUGAGGCGUUGUAUUUGGGGGUACAUUAGGUAAAAAGAGCCUAUCCAGUAGUGGCUUCUUGACCUCUAAUUAUCUACUGUGCCCACCCCCAAUUUCUCCUCCUUCUCCCCACCCAGGAGACUGUUUUCCAGAUCAGAGACCAUAACCAGCUAGAGUUUUAGAAUUACACUCUUGGUAGGACCAAACCAUCCUGAUGGGUGAGAUUUCAAAAUCACUUUAUCUGCUAUAUCUAGUCAGCCCCAAAUGUUGCUUUAAAUACCAGUUUUCUACUUCUUUAGGCUGCAAAUGCUUGGCAGAACUUGCCAUCUACCAUGCCAGGCUGUGACUGUUGAUUGGUCUAUGCUUUCACUCCUAUUUCCUUUGACUCCCUCUCUCUCACUUGGACACCAGUGCAUACCUGACUGAUGCUCCUUGAAAACAGGAACACCUUCCUUUCUUUAUUUGUAGCCCCAGCAUUUGUCACUGUGCCUAGCAAAAAGGGAGGCACUUAACAAGUACUUUUUAAGUUAAUUUCCCAAACACUUACCUCUAUUAACUUUGAGUUUUUUGAGAGUCUGAUUCUCUGGAGUUCUAUGCCUUUCUGUCCUCUAGGUUGAUGUACAAGUGUAGCAAUGCCAGCUCUUUAAAAGCAACAAUGAUUGUUUACCAGAUUUGCUAUAGAUGACUCAAUUACUUGGUGGGAAUUAAAUCAACACUUCAAAUUAUUCUCCGCUGUUCACAAGCUCUGGUCCCAGACAUCAUGGGAUAUGCUACUAAAUACAUAGAAAGGUGGUUACUAUGUUGAACCCUAGUUUAACCAUACAGGAUGCUGAAUUUAUGAAUAAAAUCUUCCAGCUCCUGGGAGAGUCUGAGUCUUUUAUUUAAAUGAAGCACUCUGACAGCUUGCUUACGCAGUGGAUAGAGCACUAUUUUCGAUUUGGGGGAAUUUGGGUUCAGAUCUGGUCUAAGACAUUCUAGCUGUGUGACCCUGAGCAAGUCACUUAAUUCCAAUUACCUAUCCUUUGCUGCUCUUCUUAGAAAUUUGUUGCUUAGUUGCUGUCUUGCAAUUGAUACUAAGAUAGAAUGUGAAAUUUGUUCUUAAAAAAAUGGAGGCACUAAAAACUAAUUUGUUUAUAACAAGAGAUACAUUUACUAUUUUAGUUUAUUUCCAUUAUUUGCAGAUUUUAUUAUUAUAUAAUGAUGUAAUGCAGUAAAUACAGUGAAGUCUUGUUUUUCUAGAUGGGAAUAUGGCUUUUGAAAAUGGUAAACAAACCACAGAAAUUUGGAGAUUCAUUUUUAGGCAAGAUGGUAAUGAGGCUUGAACUACGAGUUGAUUCUCAAGUUCAGUAUGAGCUGUGUUUACUGAUCUUUUUCUGCUGCUUCUUGUUAAUUGGCACCUCAAAUUCUUUACUAAUUAAUGGGAUGGGAAGGGUCAGGUGGCGCCAUUCUAUUUUGAUAAUCCUUGUCAGCAGUUUGUAUAAUCUCCUUGUUUAAUUAUAACAAAUGUGCAAUAGGGGUACAUGAACUUUCAACAGCUUCUCCCCUUGUGUCCCCCCCCACGGGUCUUUGAGCAGAGAUAACUUUGCACUUGCAGUUUCAUUUUGUUGAAUAUGCAAAGCCUGUUUUGGCUUGCUGGUAGGCUAGCCAGCCGGAAGAUCUGAAAAGAGUGGCAGCAGCCAAGGAGGAUAAGUGAAGUCAGGCAAGGCAGCCAACGGGUGACUUAGCAGGCAAGGAAGCAGGACCCCUGCUCUUCUGCAAUGGGGUGGCUGGAAGACCCAAACUGGCAGCUUCACGUUCACUUUUCUUUGCUCGUUCUGCUGUCCAUGCACACAAGGGCUAAUUUCCUUGACAAUAUGCUUUUGAGAAGUUCGGGAAAAUUGAAUGUGGACAACAAGAAGGAAGAUGGUGUGAUCACAGCCCCCACCCCUCGGCCAAAGGUUUUGCAAUGCAAGUGCCACCAUCACUGUCCUGAAGACUCUGUCAACAAUAUUUGCAGCACAGAUGGCUACUGUUUCACUAUGAUAGAAGAAGAUGAUUCUGGUAUGCCUGUGGUCACUUCUGGAUGUCUAGGACUAGAGGGCUCAGACUUUCAGUGCCGGGACACUCCCAUCUCUCACCAAAGGAGGUCAAUUGAAUGUUGCACAGAACGGAAUGAAUGCAAUAAAGACCUUCACCCUACACUGCCUCCAUUGAAAAAUCGAGAAUUUGUUGAUGGACCCAUACAUCAUAAGGCCUUACUGAUAUCGGUGACAGUCUGUAGCUUCCUUCUGGUCCUUAUAAUUUUAUUCUGUUAUUUCAGGUAUAAAAGACAAGAAGCCAGACCUCGUUACAGCAUUGGAUUGGAACAGGAUGAGACCUACAUCCCCCCGGGGGAAUCUCUGAAAGAUUUAAUAGAACAAUCUCAGAGUUCGGGGAGUGGAUCCGGACUCCCUCUGCUGGUCCAAAGGACUAUAGCUAAGCAGAUUCAGAUGGUGAAACAGAUUGGAAAAGGUCGCUAUGGGGAAGUUUGGAUGGGAAAGUGGCGUGGUGAAAAGGUAGCUGUGAAAGUGUUCUUUACCACUGAGGAAGCCAGCUGGUUCAGAGAGACAGAAAUAUAUCAGACGGUCUUGAUGAGGCAUGAAAAUAUUUUGGGAUUUAUUGCUGCAGAUAUCAAAGGCACAGGGUCUUGGACCCAACUAUAUCUAAUCACAGACUACCAUGAGAAUGGCUCCUUGUAUGAUUAUCUGAAGUCCACUACUCUAGAUACCAACGCAAUGCUAAAGCUUGCCUAUUCUUCAGUAAGUGGCCUGUGCCACUUACAUACGGAGAUCUUUAGCACUCAAGGAAAACCAGCAAUUGCACAUCGCGAUCUGAAAAGUAAGAACAUCCUGGUGAAGAAAAAUGGAGCAUGCUGUAUAGCUGAUCUGGGAUUGGCGGUUAAAUUUAUUAGUGACACCAAUGAAGUAGACAUCCCACCCAACACUCGGGUUGGCACCAAACGGUACAUGCCACCAGAAGUUCUGGAUGAGAGUUUGAAUCGGAACCACUUCCAGUCCUACAUCAUGGCAGAUAUGUACAGUUUUGGUCUUAUUCUGUGGGAAAUCGCCCGGAGAUGUGUAUCCGGCGGAAUAGUAGAAGAAUACCAGCUUCCCUAUCAUGACCUGGUACCCAGUGACCCCUCCUAUGAAGACAUGAGGGAAAUUGUGUGCAUCAAGAAACUCCGUCCAUCCUUUCCCAACAGAUGGAGUAGUGAUGAGGUAUGGAAGGAAAGCCCAUUGUCCAUGUGUCUACGGCAAAUGGGGAAACUCAUGACAGAAUGCUGGGCUCACAAUCCUGCCUCUCGUCUCACAGCACUUCGGGUUAAGAAAACACUUGCCAAAAUGUCAGAGUCACAGGACAUUAAACUUUGAUUGAAGGGAGAAAGUAAACAUCUGGAGAAAGCGAACACCAUUUUUUUUCUUUUUGUUGGCAAAGCAGAAGAUGUUAAAGAUGUUUCCAUAAUACAAAUCUUGAAUGACAUCCUGCUUCUGAGCAGGAUCAGGCCACUUGCUCUCAGGGAAAACCCUGGACAAAGAGUGACAUUGCCAAUCUCAGGCUCAUGGGGCCUGUUUGCAGGAAGGGAAGACCACUUGGGUAACUGAUGCAAAAUGAUACAUGCUGCUUUCUGUGAAAGCCUUUUGUAUUUGGGGAUUUUUUAAGGAAAGAUACUUUUUUUUUUUUCAAAAUAAAACACAAGGUAGACACAUACCAUUGUAAUCAAAACAAAACACAAAGGACAAAACCCCAAAAUGGUGCCUGAAGGGAAAAACAGAAUGACUUUCUUUUCCAUUUGUGACAGUAUGGCAUUCCAAGCAAACAUACAGAUAGUCUGAUGUGUGAGAAGUUGUAAUGUUUCUUAAAAGCCACCUGCCCCCUGCCUCCAAAGACCACUUUGCCUGGCCCCAGAUGUGAGAUUUUCUCUCAAAGAGGUCAAUGUCCCUGCUAGCAUAAAUAGCAGCUGCUCGAUGACCAACCACAUUUUCACAUAUCUGCAGGUAGUCUUUGGCAUUUUCAAAGAAUAUGAAAGCAUAGCACCAAUGCAGCUUCUAGGAAUAGAGUUGAAGAAAGUGAGUGGGAUUGUUAUUGUUCAGAAACUCCUCACUUUUCUGAUUCUGUGAGGCAUUUUCGAACAAAAGCACCCCUUUCCAUUAAACCCAGAGAUUUUUUUUCUUCUUUUUUAAUUUUAUUUGUGGAAAUGACUGAAGACUUCAGCACAAAUUUCUCUCUCCUUGUAGGAAAGACCAGUUGGAAUGAAAAGAAGGUGCAUUAGGGAGAUUUUGCUUUUUGUUGUUGAAUAGGGAAAGUAAGUAUGCUGCUCCUUUAUAAAAGAGCCAAAUUUAGAAGCACAAGAAUGAAUAUCUACACAAUCUAUUUCUUAGUAAUAAAGACUCAUCACUUUUUUGUGGGGCAGGGGGAAGGAACUUGUCAGGUGAAAUUAAAGGAAUCCUUAUUAGAAACAGAAAUACAGCUUUCUAAAGGUUCAGCAGAAAACCUACUGAUGCUCCCAAAUGUGAUGGCUGCUGGGAUGAGUUCUUUUAGUAAAUGUAUAUUAUUUCUGCAUCCCAGGAGAGAUCACAUUUCUUCAUUUCACAAUCAAAAUGUUGAGCUGGUUUAUUUUAACCAUUUCAAUCUGCUGAGGUGUGGUCCACUUUUUAAUUUCUUUCUUCCUCGGGCAUUUGUCUAUUUCUGAAUUGCCUCCUCAUCUUUGACUGGGGUUUUUAACUUUUGAGCUCUAUCAUCAUCAGAGCCAAUACUCCUCAGCAAAACCAGGAGAGCUUUUAAAAAUUAAGUUUUCAUCAUCUACAAGUCAUUAGAAUAGCAUUUCCUUCUCUUUUUUUCAUGAUUUUCUUAGAAAGGCUCUUUGGGAGAAAUGGUGAAUUCCUAAUGUUUUAGCCAUCUUCGAAAACAGUCAUUCUAAAAAACUCUAGGGGGCAGUGUGAUGUCGCGUAUUUUUGCCAGAGUCAUACACCAGGGACUUUACAGAGACAAAGGAUUUCUGAAAACUUGACAAGUGCUUGAAAAAUCAUAGAGAAUUUUUUUUUCUGCAGCUGGUGAUUUGUUUCUUCCAGAAAAUAAAUCCUCUAAAAGUAGCUGUGAGGUCCGCUUACCAUGCUGGUGGCAUUGUACUGUGUUCAAUAUUUUGUAAUUCAUUGUUCUGUGCUUUCCAUCCAGAUUUUAUCACAGCUGGAAAGAGACACUUCUUUUCACUGCUGAUGUUUUUCUUCUUCUUCUUCUCUUUUUAAAGAAGAGGUUGUGGAUAGUUUGGUUUUGAAUAAAAUAUAAGGUCUAAAUGCUGCUUUAAUCAUAGUAAGGAAAAUAAACUCAGAAGAAACUAAAAUGCCAACUAUUAGCAUACGAUAAAGUUCAUUUUCUUUUUUUGUGAAAGUAUUCUGUUCGUUGCAUCAAAACUGGUAACUUACAUUAGGUUAACUAUAUACACACACAUAAAUACCUUUGUAAUUAGACACAUAAAUUACCUUUGUAUAUAUGUGUGUGUAUAUGUGUAUAUCUGGGUGGUUCUAAAUGUGAAUAUGCACACAGACAUACACAUGUCUAAUUUUCAUAUGUGAACGCCAGGUUGUUCAGAGACAAAUAAAUGUGUGCGUUGUGGCAGUCAAACAGGGAAGUAUUUGUGAGGAAGAUUUCUGGUCAUAACACAUUAAUUACUCAGGUCUUUCCCAAAUUAAACUCUCAUUUCUAUGGAUCUCAAGUCACCUUGGAAUCCAAGCCAGAAAAAUUUCUCUCAAAUAAAAAUCCUAACUUACUUUCAGAUCACUUGAACCCUCUUAAAUAACCAUUUUUUUGAAGUACGAAAGAUAUUUAAAAGUGGGUUUAGACCUUUUUUCCACAGUUGCUAAUAUAAGUAGCAAUAAGGCAAAAAAAAUCACUGUCUUCAUAUUUACAGUGUUGAAUUGAGACAAAAUGUAGUUACUUUUUUAAUCACCAACCUCAAUCACUACAAAAAGUAUUAAGACAUUAAUGUGGUACUAACGAAAAAGACCAAUUAGAAACUUGACUUAUAUCAAGUUUAUAAUAGCAAUUUAUGAAUAAUUAUCUCCCUUUGUUACAAAAAUUAUAUUUAGAGGAAUCUUUUUUUAAAAAAUCAAACUACUUACUAAACACUAUAUAUAGAAUAAUUUUAUUUUUAUGAAAGAUUUAGGAUUUGGGAAAAUGUUAUAUUGAGGAAGAGGGAGUAACCUGGAAAAUGUUUGUAUCAGGUGAUUGUUUAAUUUCAGAAUUAUUCUUAAUUACAAGCUAAUUUAAACUCUCUUCCCCACCUUCCCCUUAAAAGAAGGGAUUUUAGGAUAUCAGUUGGUAGAUAAUGUAAUUUUUGUAUUUUAAGAUGUUCAGGUUUAUAUGUUAUAUAUAUACAUAUAUGUGUGUGUACAUGUGUAUAUAUAAAUAUAUAUUAUGUUUAAUUUGGAGUCUGGAAUAACUCCAUUAUGUGGAUUAGGGAGUAAGAUAUUAUGGAUGAUAAAGCACUAAAUGAAGCGUAAUAUUUAUUUAUGAAAAUACAUAUAGAUUGUUAAAUUCUAAGUGGCAAUUCUCCAAAAAAGUUUAUGAAGAGACAGAUCUUUGGCCUCAGGAAAACAAAAAACAAAAACUCCCCAAUAAUCCAAUAAGCCUUAAUGACGGUCCCUUUCUCCAGCAACAUCUAAGGGAGGCACCUUUCUAUAGUACUCAUAGCUUCGAUGUACUGGUGCCAAGAUCGGCUUUGUUUAAUACUUACUUUGAAAUUGCAACUAGUCAGGGAUGAUAACUACACUUCAGUGACUGAAGACCCUUUUCCUAUGUGUAUAAUGAGAAACAGCAGAGUUUUGUGUUCUGAGUAUUUUCUAGUACACUUUUUUAUUGGAGGUAUGCACAAAGGUAGUAAGAGGAGGGAAUUUUGAAAACUCCAUGAUGUAAUCAUGUACAUUACACAUAGGUAGGGAAUUCGGUUGUAUAGAAAUUGCAGUCUAGAAAAGGAUUCCAGAAGAGGGAAUUUUUAGCACUUGUGUUUCCUCUUCUAAUAAACAAUGCCAUUUCUUUUUGGAGAAAGCUUGGGGGCAAUGUAAAAGGAUAUUUUAAAAUUUUUCUUUCAAGAGAAAACUCAUUUGUGUUCUUUUGGGGAACCAGUGCCUUAAUGAAUCUGUAUAUACUGUAAUUAUUCAGAAAUAGGGAACAAACAGUUAUAUUGUAUUUGGUACAAAUUGUAUAUGGCUUUGUUUUAACAUUCCCCCCAAAUAAAAUGGUCUCAUUCUCCCCAUGAAA